AAUUCUCGACACCCGCUGUCAUGAGACAACAUUCGACGACACAUCACGACCGCAUCUGAUGCUACCGCCCGAUUGAUGCAUGGCCCGCUCGUCCAAUUCCCAUCGACUUGCACCCUCCACCCACUUCUCCACCACGAUGGCUUCUACACCUGCUGCCUCGUCAAGCGCAGCUCGUUUGUCGACCGCCUCGAAUAACACCUACGUAGUCUCCCGCUCGCCAACCAAGAACAGUCGACGCCGUACCGCCGAACCAUACCUACCGAAAAUCAUCACAACAGUCGGCCAGCGACCAGCGUGCUUGGUCAAUGCCUCUGUCACCUACGUCGGCAAUGAUUUGAUCUACGCCUUUGGUGGAUUUGACCAGUACACGGAUGAGGUCUACAAUCAUGUCCUGAAGCUGAAUCUCUCUGCACGACAGUGGAGUUUGGUGGACAAUUACGGCGACAUUCCUGGGGUACGCAUGGGACACACCUCAUGUUUGUGGCAGGGAGAGAAGUUGUUGGUAUAUGGUGGUGAGAACGAGCAUCGCAGUCACUUGUCAGAUGUUGUCAUCUUCGACAUCAAGACCGCGCAUUGGACACAACCAGACAUCAACGGGCCAGUCCCGAGAGGUCGCGCGAGACAUUCGGCAGUCAUUCAUGAUGAUAAGCUGUUUAUCUGUGGUGGGAUGAGCGGUCCGGACAACGGCGUGCUGGACGACAUCUGCUACCUCGAUCUCAAGACAUGGACGUGGAGUCGGACUUGGCGGUUUGUCCCUCGGUUCGACCAUUCGAGCUGGGUAUGGGGAGGCAAGAUCUGGGUCAGCGGUGGAAUGGGCGAGGAUAUGGAUCGGACAAGCGAGAUCUGGUGGUUGGACUUUAGAGGCUCGCCUGCCUUCGAAGCCGGGCCGACUUAUGGGAUCGCUGGCUCCGAAGACGCGAGGCCAAUGAAUGAGCGUUAUGCGAACAUGCAAUACGCAGCUCCGAACACUUCCUCGGGCACGAACGCAUAUACCGCCAACACCGGUGUGCAGUCAAAUUCGGCCACGCAAAUCCAACGUGCACCUCCCGUCGCUCCAGGCGCAAUCAGCUCCGUCAAAUUCAUAUCCUCGCCAAACCUUCCGAUGCAGAAUGUCGGAACACACUUCCAUGUUUUCUCCAGCGGAUGCAUGCUCGACUUUGUUACUCCCGCGACUAACAUGCCGUUGGAGACAUCACUUUCAGCACUCGAUCUGGACUCCCUUCGUUGGCAGAAGUUGGCAGACGGCAAGGAUCUAUUUAGUCCCACAUACCGCUGGCACUACUGCUGUCUCAAUCAGGACGGCACUCAUGCAUGGCUUUUGGGUUGUCCGCGAGAGGUGAGAAAUGGCGCAAAUGGCGACACCGAAGAAUACCUCUCAGACGUCCUUCCGAUCGACAUGCGCAAGUUUGGCCUACUCGGGAACAAGAUGAGCCAGGAAGCUCGCAACGAGCAGAAGAUACCCACAUCCGACACGAACGCUACCUCACAUCUCUCGGCCAUCGGUGCAGAUCUGGCGAAAACUUUCAACCAACCACCCGAGUCGAAUUCCGGCACCGACUUCACCGUCACAGCUCUACGCGACGACUCCUACGACAUGGAGUCCAUAUCCGGCGACGAUGACGCUCUGUCACCCACGCUUACCUCAUCUCCCGACAACAGCAACACCUCCUCUCCAAUCCACGUGCACCGCCUCAUCCUCAGUGCGCGCUGGCCACACUUCUCCCGCCUGUACAACGCGCAGAUGUCCGAAUUCCACACCCGCCGCAUGCAUAUUCCCGAACCAUAUCCCGCCGUUAAGGCUUUCCUCUAUUACCUUUACACCGACUCCAUCUCAUCUCCUCCUGCCGAAAGCAACGCCGUUUCCGGUCCAACACUUGAAGAUGUCGCUAACAUGCUCGUCAUGUCCAACAUCUACGACAUGCCCCGCUUGCGACACUUGUGCGUCAAUCGUCUGGUGCGGGAUCUCGACGUCCAGCACGCUGCUCUCAUCUUCGACCGCGCAAACACCGCACAAGAAGAUUGGUUGAAGCGUCGGGCGGCGAGCUUCUGUAUGACGCAUUGGGGUCGAGUGGUGAGGACGGAUGGAUUCAGACAGUUGAAGAGGAGUGCCAUGCUGGAACUGUGUGAGGGUGUUGAUGCGGAGGGCCGCGUGGUUGGUGGCGAUGAGCUGGAG